AUGUUCGUGGUACAUGAGAUCAGUCUAAAAAGAGCUGCAAUACUUCUGGGAAAGCUUCUGUCGUCAGACUGCUGCGAAAAAGCGGAAAAUGAUUCUGACGUGAUAAGUGAGGUGUUGGAGAAAAUUAUUGAUUAUGCGGAGAAGGAAUGCCCUUUCAACUAUCAUGGCAUAGAAAAUUCCCAUUUUUCUGAUUGCGAUCCAAAUUAUGUUCCUACUGAUGACAGUGCUGAAUCAGCGGAUGAAGCACAACAUGUAAAUAAUAAUAAACCAAAGCUAAAGCGAAAAAUGGCAAUAAAGAACAAGGAAUGUAAAAAACGCUUAAGAAAAGAUAAUGAGUGGAUGGAUAAUAAAGCUAAAAAGCAACUUAAUCUGGGAAAUAAACAUGAAAAUCGAGUAGAAUGUACAAAGAGCAUAUUGGAACCAAUGGAGCUCAGUUUGCAACUGUACGGCAGUAUCGGGAAAUUCAAUAUUGCAUUCUUCAAACCAAAGAAGGAUCAGUGUCAACUAUGCACGGCUUACAAAGAUGCUGAUAAUGAUAUAAAAUUGAAUAUGCAAGAACAAUAUGAUCAGCACUUAGCCAAUAAAGGUGCGGUCAGGAACUUGAAAGAUGUGGAUAAAGAGCUGGCUACUAAUGACAAAUCUUUAUGUGUUGCAUGUUUUGACUUGCAAAAAGUGUUGGUUACGCCUCCGUCAGAAGUAAGCACAUUACAUUAUAAAACUAAAAUUGCAACGUAUAAUUUUACAGUCUAUGACAUAGAAUAUGGCGCCUAUAAAGAAAAAACAUUGUCUAAAGAGGAAAUUGCUAAAAAAAGUCUGAACAGGCAAAGAGGCGAUUGGAAAAAAUUAAAAAUGAUCCUGUUUUGCUGGCGGAGUACAAAGAAAAGGAACGACUAAAAUAUCUAAAGGAAAAGGAAAAAGGACAACGGAAGUGUGUAAAAGACAUGACUCCCCGUGAGCACAGAAAGGCAAGAAAAAAUUGGGUAGCCAAUUCAUCGGAUUAUAGAAAAAAAACAAAAGAUUCGUGACAAUACAGAUAAAUACGUGGACCAAAAUACGCCGCCAUCAUCGGAAGAUGAAAUUAUUCCUGAGGCUCCUUUAUUAAAUAAUGAAAGAGAAGCUGAAGCUAGAAGGAGGAGUACUGUUCAACGGAGAAAAAGAAAUAGUAUGUUGAAGAGGAAGGACUUACUCAUUGAAAAUUUAAAGAAGAAACUUGCCAGCGAACAACAAAGAAACAGAAGACUGAAACAUAGAAUGAUAGAAGCAAGCACUGACACCAGAAAGUAAAAUUGUAGAAAUGGCCAACGAUCCCAAUCAAAAAGCAGAAUUGAUAAAAAAAGCGUUAUUUGGCGAUAUUAUUCAAAGGAAAAUUUUAGAUAAAGAGAUUCAGAC